AGUUGAUAUACACAGUCGGGAACUAACAUAGGUCAUUCUAAAGUAGGAGAUAGUUUAACACGAUGUCUUGGAUUUUAAAACAAGUUUGGACUUGUGAAUGAACAUGACUAUAACCACAUGGAAUUAAAAUUCAAUAAGUUUUGAAGAGUUAACAACACAUUACACGAGAGGAGGAUUUAUUUUGGAUUACUGAACAGGGAGAUUUAUAUGAAUAAUAUAUUUGGAAACCGCCUGGAUUUAGUUAAGUGUAAAGGAGUGGCGUGUAAUACCAGAGCUGGUAAAAUGUUGAAAGAAAAGAUCUGAUUGGACAUUACAUAAAGAGCUACUAGGAUGAAGCAAGCAAUAUUACAAGUCGUGUGUGGAGCAGUUUGGCUUUUAGUCACAUCAUCAAAUGCUGCGACAUAUAUCCGAGAAAGCUUUUCCGAUGCUACGAACAUUGGAGAUUUUGAACGUGUCGUUGUUGAUAAUCGAACAGGACGUUUAUACUUAGGGGCUGUAAAUAAAUUAUACAAAUUAACUGAAACUUUAACUCAAGAGCAGAGUCUAACGACGGGUCCGGAACAAGAUAGUCCGAAAUGUAUAAAAGACGAUGACUCAUGCCCAGAUAGAGUCCCAACAAACUGUAUCACCAAGGUGAUGGUGAUUGACUAUAGCGCAGAGAAGCUUAUACAUUGUAUGAAUUUAUAUCAGGGCUUUUGUGCGAUUCGAAAACUUGGAGAUAUUACUCAAUCAGAUCCACCGAAUUACAAGCCAUUGGUUGCUAAUGACGAUACAUCUCCAGCAGUUAUGUUCAUCGGCCCAGGUCCACCUGAUCCGGCAACUACAAAUGUUUUAUAUAUUGGUGCUACACGGACAGUUUUAACUGACUCUAUUUACAGAGACUAUAUUCCCACUGUAAGCAGUAUAAAUCCAUCUACAUUUUCACUUGCCGGGGAUAAUUUACAAGGAGGGACUCAGAAAUUCAUAGAUACUCAUAAUCGGGACACAUUCUUUGUAUAUUACAAAUAUGGAUUCACUUCUGGCUUGUUUAGUUACUUCCUUACGGUUCAACGAGAAUCGUUAACUAUUAAUUCUGCCAAAUAUGUGACCCGAUUGGUCCGUGUGUGUCAUGGCGAUGAGAACUUUUACUCGUAUACUGAGGUCCCGCUGGAAUGUAAUCACAGUGGAACAUCGUACAACCUUGCUCAAACUGCAUAUGUCGCCAAAGCGGGGAAUGAUCUUGGGAAAAGUCUAGGAAUGCCAAACAACGAAGAGGCAUUAUUCGUCGCCUUUGCAACAGGUCAGACUAAAGACCCUGACUCUAAUUCUGCACUGUGUGUUUUCCCGAUGCGUCAGGUGGUCGGAAAGUUUACAGAGAAUAUCAAGGAAUGUUUUAAAGGAUUGGGGAACACUGGGCCAGGACACAUCGCAACAACAAAAAUAUGUACAAAAUCAGAUUGGACAAUAGAUGACGAUUAUUGUGGAGCACAUGACUUCAAUCAGCCAAUUGCAGGGAACAUACCAAUUGUAGGCAAAGCCGUUAUCACAUUCCCGACCACGCUUGUGACAUCACUAGCCGUGACGUAUACGAGCAACACAGUGACCAAUCAGUACACAGUCGCAUUCAUGGGAACAUCAACCGGCCAUUUGAAAAAGGUUGUCAUAGAAACAAAGGAUAGGGCAGAAGAGUAUGAGGAUGUUGUGAUUGAAGAGGGAGAACCUAUCAAGAAAGACAUGCCAUUUGAUAGAUCCAAGAAACAUCUCUACAUCAUGACCAAUAAGAAGAUAAGCCGUGUUAAGGUACAAGAUUGUGGGCAGCACACAUCCUGUGACACAUGUCUUGGGCCAACUACCAGAGACCCCUAUUGUGGCUGGUGCUCACUAGAAAACAAGUGUAGCCUAAAGUCAGAAUGCCAAGGAAGUGAAAGCACUACCCGUUGGCUGCCAUAUAUUGGAACUCAGUGUACACGUAUAACCAGUGUAUCACCUCACCAGGCACAGAUUGAGAGAGAGCCAACGAAACUGAGUCUGCAAAUCACUAACUUACCGCAAGAUGGUGCUCUGAUCGGGCAGUAUCAGUGUGCAUUCAGUAUUGGUGAAGAUCCUCUUACCACGCCCACAAGUUUGACUUCAACUGGGGUAGAAUGUGAGACCCCUUCCCCACACCUACUACCACCUAUACCCACAGGCAAAGAUCACUUCGUCAUGACGCUAUCUGUCCGAUUGAACAACAAAGAUUUUGUGUCAACUAACUUCACUUUCUUCAAGUGCGGUCAGCACAGUUCAUGCACGGCUUGCACUUUAAGUGCUUUUCCUUGUACCUGGUGUGUGCAGAGACACAAGUGCACCAAACACUCUGACACCUGUCUCAGUGAUGUACUCGUCACUGGCAAAAACUCCCCAGGGACAUCAGAUCGUCCAGGACCAGAAUCAUGUCCGAGGAUCGAGGCUGGUUUUACGGAAAUUCUCGUAUCUUCUGGUUCAAGUAAGAUUGUCAGUGUCAGGGCUGUGAACUUGAUGGAUUUCCAAACAGACUUCAAAUGCACUUUCACUUUGGAUGGUUUACAGACAGUCCCUGCAACGAGAACCAACAACAUAAUUCGAUGCGAUGGGAAGAGGUUUGAGUACUCAGUGAACACUCCUUACCACAAUGUACCAUUCAAGAUUACAUGGGGUCCUCAGAAUAGACCCCUUGAUAACCCCACUGAUAUUCAAGUCAAGAUCUACAAGUGUGGUACAAUGGCGAGCAACUGUGGCGAAUGUUUGACACGCGACCCUAAAUAUAAUUGCGGCUGGUGUCAGCAGACGGGUGUAUGCAGCAAAGAAGACAAGUGCAUCUCCCAAUGGCGUGACGGCAAUUCAGUCUGUGAUAACCCAAUUAUUACACAGUUCUACCCUAAAUCUGGCCCAACUAAAGGUGGCACUAAUGUCACUAUUGAAGGCAUCAACCUUGGAAAGCAUGCUGAUGACAUUAAAGACCAGGUGACAAUAGCAGAUGUGCCAUGUUACGUUUUUACUGACCUCUAUGAGCCAGCAUCAAAGAUUGUCUGUAGAAGUGGGUCAUCGACGAGGAGAGAGAAAUCUGGUGUAGUUCAGGUUGUCGUAAACAAUCAGGUCAUCGCAAAAUCUACUCAGGAAUUCUUUUACGUGCAGCCGGCAAUUACAAGAAUCUUUCCUGCAAAGGGCCCAAAAUCUGGUGGAACAAAAUUGACCAUAUAUGGGCAAAGUAUGAACGCUGGAGCAAAUAUAUCAGCAAGAAUUAAUGGCCUGUCGUGCAAGAUGAUCAGUGCGUACAGUGACAGGGCAGUAUGUAUAACAACUAGAAGUCCACGUCGUCAAUCAGCUGUAGUCAGUAUGACUUUCGACAAUGAUAACAUCCAGGGACCCAUAGGCAGUGAGUUCUCGUAUGUUGCUGACCCAAAUAUAACAGAAGUGAAUAGUCCUCUUGGCAUCAUCAGCGGAGGACUGAGCAUUAAAGUUAGCGGCACAAAUCUGGAUUCCAUUCAAGAACCAAAGAUGAUUGUCUAUGUCGAAGAUAUGGAAUUUUCGAGUGAUUGUCAAGUUCUGAGUUCCACAUCGAUGAACUGCAAAUCACCGAAUACGAAUCCAAGUGGAUACCUUAACAGCCCACUAACGCCACCUUUACAAGCAAGCUACGGCUUCUUAUUGGAUAACGUGAAAGCCAUGAGAAAUAUCACAGCAGAUCCGAGAUUUGGAAAAUUCACGAUUCAUGCAGAUCCUGAAUUUGAACUAUUUCCACAAGGCGUCAAGUACUUCCAAGAGAAAAAUGAAUACCUGACAAUUAAUGGCAACAACUUGGAUAAGUUAAAAAAGGAAGAUGUUCAAGUCAAAAUUGGUACAGGAUAUUGUAACGUGACUUCGAUCGCACUAACACAGAUGACGUGUAGGCCACCUGACAAACAGCCCACAGCUGAGAAUACAAAAUGGCCUAAAGUUAUCAUUGUUAUCGGCAGUAAUUUAACUUUUACAAUUGGGGACUUGAGCUACGAGCAGCCAUCUUCAAUGGUUCUGCCCCUUAACAUAAUUAUCAUCAUCGCCCUGGUCGUAAUCUUAGUACCAGCCAUUGUUGUCAUCAUUGGCGUGGUUUGCUACAAGAAAAAAUCCAAAGAGCGUGAUCGCGUGAUGAAGAAAAUGCAAACGCAGAUGGAUGUCUUAGAAAGUCGUGUAGCAAAGGAAUGCAAAGAAGCUUUUGCCGAGUUACAGACAGACAUAACAGAGUUGACCAGUGAUAUGUCAGGAAUGGUAGGAAUUCCGUUCAAAGAUUAUCGCUCAUUUGUCAUGAAUGUACUAUUUCCUAAUGUGGAUGAAUACGACCACCCAGUCACCCGAGACCUAGAUGUUGACCUGAUCAAAAAUGAUGGAAUGCAGAAAGGUCUGCGUCAGUUUAGGCAGCUCAUGUACAAUAAGACAUUUCUAUUGCUGUUUGUGCGCACACUUGAAAACCACAAGAGUUUCACUAUGAGAGACAUGGUCAAUGUCGCUUCUCUCAUCUCUGUGGCACUUCAGAAUAGGAUGGAGUACCAAACUGAUAUUUUAAAGACGCUGCUAUCUGAACUUAUAGAGAAGUCAAUGGAGGGUCGUACCCAGAAUGCAAAGCUGCUUUUACGUCGCAAUGAGCGAGUUGCUGAGAAAAUGCUCACCAAUUGGUUCACUUUCCUGCUUUACAAAUUCCUAAGUGAAUGUGCAGGAGAACACCUAUACAAACUUUUCCGUGCCAUUAAACAACAAGUUGACAAAGGUCCUGUUGAUGCCCUUAGCAGUGAGGCCAAGUAUUCUCUAAGUGAAGACAAACUUAUCAGGCAGCAGAUCGACUAUCACAUUAUGACGACCAAUUUGGUAGAAGCAGACAGCCAGUACUCAGAUCAAGAGUAUCCUGUGAAGGUCCUUGACUGUGACACCAUCACUCAAGUGAAAGAGAAAAUCCUAGAUGCAAUAUACAGAAAUGCCCCGUUUUCUAGUCGACCACACCAUGAAGAUUUAGAUCUGGAAUGGAGAAAUGGGGUCAGAGGUCGUAUGAUCCUCCAAGAUGAGGAUCUGACAACUAAGGUUGAGUCAGGAGACUAUAAAAAAAUUAACACUUUGGCACAUUAUAAGGUGCCAGAUGGUGCUAUAAUGGCUCUCAUUCCCCGCCAACCAUCAGGGUACAAUAUGUCCUUACUCUCCGACAAGUCAGGGGCAUCAAAUCGCUAUGAUUCUGUUCUUUACUACUCAAUGUCAGGGAGUCCAGCCAUGAGUCGUUCCGUAUCUCCAAAUACAGUCAGUGUGGAUAUAGAGGGACCAGGCUCCAAGUACUACCAUCUAGUGAAACCACAUGACAGUGAAAAAGAGAAAGAAGGAGAUAGAGGUAGUAAGAUGGUCUCUGAGAUCUACCUCACCAGACUUCUAGCUACAAAGGGGACGUUACAACAAUUUGUAGAUGAUCUAUUUGAGACCAUCUUCAGUGUGACACACAGGGGUACAGUCCUGCCCAUUGCCAUAAAGAACAUGUUUGAUUUCCUGGAUGAUCAGGCCCUGUUGCAUGGUGUUGCAGACCCUGAAGUGGUCCACACCUGGAAGUCCAACAGUCUUCCAUUGAGAUUCUGGGUGAACAUCAUUAAGAACCCAAACUUUGUAUUUGACAUCCACAAAUCGAACAUCGUUGAUUCGUGUCUGUCGGUUGUGGCUCAGACAUUCAUGGACAGUUGCUCAAUGAGCGAACACAGACUCGGGAAAGAUUCCCCAUCAAGUAAACUCCUCUAUGCCAAAGACAUUCCCAAGUAUAAGAAAUGGGUCGAAGGCUAUUAUCGUGAAAUCAAACUGAUGCCUGCGAUUAGUGACCAGGAUAUGAAUGCUAUGUUAGCUGAUGAAUCACGUCAACACACAGAAAUAUUUAAUAUUGACGCAGCAAUGUAUGAGCUGUAUCAAUACGCAGUCAAAUAUUAUGAAGAUCUGAUGGCAACUCUAGAGGAUGACGAAUUUGCAAGAAAGAAUCGCCUAGCAUAUAAGUUUGAACAAGUCCAAGCUUGUUUCGAAAGCAAUGCCUAAAUCUGACGGGACUACAUCAAGGGGCAAUUUUGUCAAAAUGCUUCAGACUUAAAAUGCCAAAAUGGUUGCCAUAGAAACCAGGGAUCAACUGCUGAGGGAGCAUAGUGGUGUUGCUUUCCAUAGACGCUUUUAAUUCUAAACGUAAUAGUGUAGUGUGGCUACACUUAAUAUAGUCAUCGGUGUACCAAAUACUGAUAUUACAUUUUGAGGGCAGUAUCAUAAAAUGCUUGGCCAGUAAAUAAAGGAGAAAGCAGAAUCUCCCUAGGGAGAUCCUAAACUUGAAGCCUCAUCUAUACAAAACACUAUGGAGCUGCUAUUUUCAUCAGAAAUGAUUUCUGCUUCUUAGCUUUGGAUAAAGGGUGAAUUCAGGAAUCAGAUGAACAUAUCAAUAACUAACCAGGGGGUCAUUAACAGAAACUUCAUAGAGCUAUAAAUUGGUAAAUCAAUUGUAACAUGGAUAUAAUGAUGUCACAGUUAGGAA